AUGGUCAACUCCAAACCCAAACUUGUUGCAACACAAACCAUCUUCUCUCUUUUCCUUUUAACUUUUCUCUUGUCAAUCACCAAUGUCAACUCAGAAUCAGUUUCAGUCAGCUUCCCCAAGUUUGACAACGUUACCGACACCAUCGUCCUCGGCGGCGAUGCCAAAAAUAUUGGUGGCGUACUACAACUCACUGAAAAGAACCAACUCGGAAACCCAUCUACACAUAGUUUUGGUCUGUCCGUAUUCUCUAAACCUAUUCGUCUCUACGAAGAAAAAAGUGGUAAAGUUGCUGACUUUACCACUGCGUUUUCUUUUGUUGUGGAUCCAAAGGGUUCACAACUUCAUGGAGAUGGUUUCACUUUCUUUAUUCUAUCGGUUGGUUAUGACCUCCCGGUGAAUUCAUCAUCGGAGGGCGGAUUCCUUGGACUAUUUGAUAAAGAAACCGCCUUCGAUACCUCAAAAAACUCUAUCGUUGCGGUCGAGUUCGAUAGUUUUACAAAUGAAUGGGAUCCUAACUCACCUCAUAUUGGAAUCGACAUCAACACGAUUGAGUCUUCAGUCACUGUUCCAUGGCCAAUCGAUAGACAAUCACAAGGAUCCAUAGGAAUAGCACGAAUCAGUUAUAAUUCUGCGUCAAAAGAGUUGAAUGUGUUUGUAAGUUAUCCAAAUAGUCCUGUUAAAGUGGAUGUUAUUUUAUCUUAUCCAGUUGAUCUUGCGGCAGUUCUGUCGGAUUGGGUCCUUAUUGGUUUCUCCGGUGCAACUGGUGAACUUGCAGAAACACAUGACAUUCUCUCGUGGUCUUUCACUACGAACCUAUAG